GGAUACCCACAAUCUUCCCAUUGUUCACUGGCAUCAUUGUUGGUCUGACCUCCCAGCUGCUCAGCCAUGGCCCCCAAGAAAGCCAAGAAGAGGACAGCAGAGGGAGCCAACUCCAAUGUUUUCUCCAUGUUUGAGCAGGCUCAGAUCCAGGAAUUCAAAGAGGCCUUCACUAUCAUGGACCAGAACAGAGAUGGCUUCAUCGACAAGAAUGAUCUGAGGGACACUUUUGCUGCUCUAGGGCGUCUGAAUGUGAAACAGGAGGAGAUUGAUGAGAUGCUUAAAGAAGCUCCUGGCCCAGUCAACUUCACAGUCUUCCUCACCAUGUUCGGUGAGAAGCUGAAAGGUGCUGAUCCAGAGGAGACAAUCCUCAACGCGUUUAAAGUCUUCGACCCUGAGGCAAAAGGAGUGCUGAGGAAGGACUACGUGACACAGAUGCUAACGACACAAGCAGACCGAUUCUCGCCUGAAGAGAUGGAGCAGAUGUUCACUGCCUUCCCCCCAGAUGUGGCAGGGAAUCUGGACUACAAGAACCUGGUUCAUAUCAUUACCCAUGGAGAGGAGAAGGACCAGGAGUAAAACAUGAAAAACAUGUUCAUCAGAUAGAAAGUCCAUCACUUGUCUGUACAGGGCUUGAAAGUGCCAUUGAAGGGCUGUGAGUGUGUGUCGCAUGCUUUAUAUUGGCUGCAUUUGCAAGCCCCAAAAAUCAGACAAUCAACACUCAAAACCAUUACUUUUACAGAAACUAUCCAUUUGUUAUGGCUGUGCAUGUUUGUCUAAUAAAAGUGUGCAAAAACAGAAA